AUGGGACCAGAGGGCUGGGGGAACCGAAAUAGAGAAGGAAAAUUGUUGCUGGAAUUCUGCAAGAGGAAUGGGCUGGCAAUCGCAAAUUCCUGGUACAAGAAGAGAAGUAGCAACAAAAUAACUUGGUACAGUGGAGACUGGUCCCAAACUUCAGUAGUAGACUAUGUACUAGUGGAUAGGCAGAUGAUGAGCAGCCUCACAGAUGUUAAGGUCAUUCCAUCUGAGGCCUUAGACAGUGACCAUCGGCUGUUGGUAGCCACCCUGAGAGAGAAAAAAGAUAGGAGGGCAACAGACAUACAGGAGAAAAGGUUGAAGACAUGGAUGCUAAAAGAGGAUGAACGGAGGACCCAGUACCAGACACUGAUCAGGAAGAAGCUGCCAAAGGAAGAUCAGAGAACAGUGGAAGAAGAAUGGGGAGAUUUUAAGAGGGCUCUAGUUGAGGCAGCUGAGACUGUGUGCGGAAGAACUAGCACAAAGAGGAGAAGUAAGGAAACCCCAUGGUGGAACAACAUAUGUAAAGAGGCAGUACUUCGAAAGAACAAUGCCUUCAGAGAAUGGUUCCAGACCCGAACAGAGGAAGCUAGGGUAAAAUAUAAAGGAAGCAAGAAAGCGGCACAGACCAUACACCUUUGUCCAAAAAAGAGAGGGUGCAAAUGGUUAGAGGAUGCAAGGCUUUGUAACCAGGAAGUUCACUCAUGA